GAGAUGACGCUACAGGCGAUCAAAUGGGAAAAUGGCAAGUUGGAAAUCCUCGAUCAGAUAUUGUUGCCGGCUAUUUCGCGAUACGUGCCCGUCAAAGGCGUGGAGGAUGGAUGGAAGGUCAUCAACAAGAUGCAGGUCCGAGGCGCACCAGCUAUAGCCAUCGUAGGAUGCCUCAGUUUAGCAACAGAACUGAAGAACGAAGAGUACAGUGACAAGAAGAAUCUUCGACAAGACGUCGAAGGUAAAUUAAAUUACUUGGUGUCCGCUCGUCCGACUGCUGUUAACAUGAAAAUCGCAGCCGACGAAUUAAUUCAGUUGGCCAAUAAACUUAGUAAGGAUCAGACUGUUAAUGUAGCAGAAAUGAAGGAGAGGUUUCUCGACGCUAUAGAAUAUAUGUUGGAGAAGGACAUAGCUGAUAACAGAGCCAUUGGAAAUUACGGAGCCGAAGAGAUCUUGAAGAACGCGUCUGGAGACAAUAAUGUUAGGAUUCUGACGCACUGUAACACUGGCAGCCUUGCGACAGCAGGUUAUGGCACAGCUUUAGGUGUUAUUAGAUCCCUUCAUAAGAAAAAUAGUCUUGAACACGCAUAUUGCACAGAAACGAGACCGUACAAUCAAGGAGCGCGGCUAACCGCUUACGAAUUAGUGUACGAAAAAAUUCCUGCUACUCUGAUCUGCGAUGACAUGGUAGCAGCGCUGAUGAAGUCGAGAAAUAUUUCCGCGGUCGUCGUCGGUGCCGAUAGAGUAGCUGCCAAUGGCGACACGGCUAAUAAAAUUGGAACUUACCAGAUAGCCAUAGUUGCCAAAUACCACAACGUUCCUUUCUACGUGGCGGCCCCGCGAACCUCCAUUGACUUCAGCAUCCCUAGCGGCGACCACAUCAUCAUCGAGGAAAGGCCAGAAAGGGAAAUGACCCAUAUAAAUAACCAACGAGUCGCGGCAGCUGGAAUACAGUGUUGGAAUCCAGCGUUCGACGUAACUCCAGCUAGUCUCAUCAAGGGCAUCAUCACGGAAGUUGGUGUCUUUAGACCCCAAGAUUUGGUACGGUUGAAAACCUAUGAGAACUCAUAAAGUGACGAUCGAUUCGAGCAACGAGUGAAGCUUUCGAUGCAUUUAUACAGAACGAUUAAUUGGUGAUUCCAAUGUUAAUGAAAAAUUGUUGGCAUGCCUUGUUUAUUUAAAAACUUCGUGUUACAAUAAAAUUGUUGGCAGGUUACGCUUAUUUGAAACGUUAAGUCUAAGAAGCGCAGCAAAAUGUAUCGUACCACGGACGUACGUGUUUGCAUUUAAAAAUGCCUUAUUAACUUCGCUGUGAUUUUUAAAAAUAUAUUUAUAGUGACAAAUAACUCGAACGGAUAGUUGUGUUAAAAAGAACUUCCAUCGAUCGAACGUGAUCGUGAUCGAAAAAAUAUAAAAUAAUUGAAAACAUA